UUAUGGACAUAUUUUGCAGCUAGUGCUUUGACCUGAUGUGAGGUGCAAUGACCUGGGAAGUGAAACGGUAACAGACUUCCUGAAAGAUCUGAACGUUGACCAUGGCAGCUGAACCCAUCAUCAACUCCAGGCAAAAAGAGGCACUGAUCAAUGGCAUCUUCACACAAGUUGUCUGCACAGCGUUCAGCAACCACAUCCUUGUGGUGCUCACACAGUAUGGAAAGAUAGGGACAAUAAUAUCUCUGCUGCCCGAUGCGACAUUCAGUGACAUCAGCAAACCCCUGUUCACCACAAAAGUGCUGCUAGGGAAAGAUGAAGGUCUGACACAUGUCUAUGACAAAAACCUGGUGACUUUUAUCUCUCAAGCAUCAGGGAACAGACCUGUCCUACUGGCACUGGCCCUCAAAAAGAUCAACAUUGAAGGCAUAAAAGCCAUGAAAGAGAUGAUCAAAAGCUGUCAAGUCUGGUAACAAGACAUCAAGUAGGACGUGAUACCAAAGACUCUGGGGCCCGAGGAACCAAUUAGCCAGGAGACAGAAGUGAAGCUGUUGACAUCACUGACAAGCCUAAAUUUAGGCACCUCUGAUGCUCUGUGCAAACAAACUUGCAUAAACUUGAAGGUGAAUUAUCAUAAAAGCAUGUGAUGCAGCCCCUGGUGUGUAACAAGACAUAAGAGUAUUUUAAGUGCCAAAGCAUCUGCCAAUAGACUUAAAAUCCUCUUUGUAAAUAUAGUGGUAUAACUGCAUGUUACACCACUAUGUUGCCAUCAUUGUUGCAGCUGCUGGUCAGCAAUUAAAAUUAACUAACCAAGUAGCCUGCAGUAAAACGGCAACACUUAUUUUUAUUAGUUAAAAACUUUUCUGCAGGUUAAUUGGCUUUUUAAAUUUUUUAUGUUUGCAGCUUUAUUACUUGGUGCCAUAAAAAAAAAUGUAUACA